AUGCCACAAGCCGGCGUGACCACCAAUGUGGCAGCGCUCACCGCAGUUGUGAACGAGGUCGUAGGCGACUUCUCCACCGUUGGCGAGUAUCUCCUUCGCUUCGACAUGGACAGCUUGAGGCAUUGUCCGUAUGCGGUAGGGCAUGUGACGUUAAUGGCGUCCUUCGAAGAGAAGGUCCCCAAACCAUUGGCUGGAGGAGGGGAAAGCCUAGAAGUGUCUAUCUGCCCACGAACAAUUCUUAAGAAGAUCGUUAGAGAAACAAAGGAGAACCUAGGCGUCGAGUUCAUUGUAGGAUUCGAGUCAGAGUUCGUGCUUCUAUCCUCCACGAAUCCUCCAUGCGCAGUCAACAGCGGAGGUUGGUGCAUGGCCAGCAGCUUUGAUACCGGCAAGCAAGGCCAACAGGUGCUUGACGAGAUCGCAGAGGCAGUGCAAGGAUCAGGGAUUGAAUUGCAGAUGUUCCACGCAGAGGCUGCUCUAGGCCAGUAUGAAAUAGUCACCGGCCCUCUUCCACCGUUGGAAGCAGUAGACGCCCUUGUGCAGACACGUCAGAUAAUCUUCAAUAUCGCGUGCAAACACGGUCUGCGUGCGACAUUCGCACCACACUUCAAUCUCGACGGCACAGCCUGCCAUACUCAUAUAUCCCCCCACACGCGGUCAGCCGUGCAAGAGCCUUCGACGACAUCACCGCACCUCGAUCACCUGCAAAGCACCUUUCUUGCCGGACUUCUCGACCACCUCCACUCGGUACAGGCGUACACGCAGCCCCUCUCUCCGAGCUACAAGCGCGUGCGGGAUGGCGUUUGGUCCGGGGGCUCGUGGAUCGCAUGGGGAGUCGAUAACCGCGACUGCCCCAUCCGACUGUGCAACGCCCGCCUCCCGCGCUCGCGAAACUUUGAGGUGAGAUGCGUCGACGGCCUCGCCAAUCCGUACUUGUCGCUAGCGGCAAUCAUCGCGGCGGGUGUGCUCGGUGUCAAACACAGGAAGGAGAGUGGUAUGCUGGAUUGCUCGGGGGAUAAGACGCCGGGCGAUAUGAGCGAGGCCGAGAGGCAGGAAAGGGGCAUAACGAGGCGGAUGGCUUUGACCAGGGAGGAAGCACGAGACAGUCUCAUGAACGACGAAAGCAUGAAGGAGGUGAUGGGAAAAGAUGGGGUAGAGGCAUUCCUAGCUGUUAACGAGGUCGCCGAGGGUGUGUUCAGUAGGGGAACUGAGAGAGAUCAAGCAAAGCGCUUGGUAGAGUCGUUCUAG